UCAAACAUCAUUUAAACUCUUCUUUUAAAAGCCACACCAUGGGGCAGGAGGAGAGCCACAGCGAGGAGAUGGAUUUGGUGCAAAUUCAGGAUCUUUGCAUCAUUUUCAUGAAGGAGUGUCCGAGCGGGGCGCUGCAUCUACACGAGUUCAAGAGGAUCUUCGGGGUGCCGAGUUCCUCUGAAGAAGAGUCGCUGUACAUCGAGACGUUAUUCCACUCCUUCGACACAAAUCAGGAUAACGCUCUGGAUUUCAUCGAGUAUGUGGCAGCUCUCAACUUAAUCUUAAGAGGGAAUAUUGAAGACCGACUAAAGUGGUCCUUCAAGUUGUACGACAAGGACGGGAACGGCAGGUUGGACCGAAGUGAAGUGAAGCUCAUCAUAAGGAUUCUUCACAAAAUCAAAUUCCAGAAGACUAACGUCAGCAGCAUGACGCCGUCUCAAAUCUGUGACCGGAUCUUCGAGCUGGUCGACCAGAACGCUGACGGUGAGUGA